AAAUUUAAUGAUUUAAAUAAUUUAAUCCUUUUUACACGCAUUUAUACUUUGUGUAGAUAGAACAUCAUCAGAUGUUUCACCUGAAUCAGAAGGGACCAGCAAUGAUAAUUAUUCUGGAUCAUUGGAUAUACAGUGGCUUUCAGAGCUGAUGUCUAACGCUAAUGUACCAAUAAAGCGGAAGGAAACUUCCCGUGGAAAGAAACAGAAAUGGGUUUUUAAGAACGGUCAGGUUCCUCAAUCUAAACAGUUAAUUAAAUUGUGUGGAGAGAAACUGGGGACAGAAGCUACUCUUCAGUUCUUUGGCCAAUUGGGAAGAGAAACUGGGGUGAAAGAGUACAAUGCACUUAUAGCCAUGUGCAUAGAUAAGGCCAGGACAACUGAUUGUGAAGAGGUUGCAUUGGUGGAAAUGUCCAAAGUUUACCGACAUUUUAAGGAAAUGAGGAAGCACGGAUUGCAGAUAGAUGAAGUAAUUUAUGGUCAAUUGCUUAUGUUUUUCAUUGACAGGGGAAUGGUAGAAGAGUUCCACUUUUUCUGUGGACCUAUCAAAGAUGGGAAUUGUAAUUCUAUUCCAAGACUAGGUUAUUAUGAGAUGCUGCUCUGGAUAUCAGUCAAUAACGAAGAAAUGAUUAGGAAACUUUGUGAUUACAUUGCAGCUGAUGAUAAUGAAGAUAAUCUUCAGUUAAAAGAAAACUAUUUGUUAGCACUUUGUGAAAGUCAACGAACAGAUGACUAUUUGCGAGUAUUGGAGGUCAUUGAUAUAACAAAAAUUUCUGAUAAGCAUGCAGCAACUGUGUUUAAAUCGCUGGGGAGGCUGUCAUUGGAGUCCUUCACUGAGAAGUUCCUCUUGGCAUUCAAAACCCUUGAUCAUGGAGCAGAGAAAAUCUUGAGACUCAUCUUUAGUUAUGCUUCUUGCAUUCCAAAUAUAGUGGUUGAAGAUAUUGUUCUGAAAUUUGAAAGCUUGCACAUGAAAUUUGAGAUAACACCAUCAUUAGAAUCAUACAAGGAGCUCAUUAAGUUUUGCUGUAGUUCACGUAAGGUGCAACUGGCUCUUGAUAUCGUUAACCAGAUUUCUCAAGGCAGUUUGAACUUGUCCAUAGACAUGCUAAAUUGCAUAUUGCAUGCUAUUGAAGAGAACCAUGAGUGUAAUUUGGUUCGGCAAAUUUAUUCAGUGUUCUGUUGCCAUAGCCUUAAGCCAAAUGCUGAGACAUUCAGAAGGAUGAUAAGUUUGAGUGUGAAAAUGAAAGAUUUUGGUGGUGCAUAUGCGAUGCUGAAUGAUUCAAGGAAAAUGAAUGUUAAACCUGUAGCUGGCAUGUAUAAUGCUAUAAUGGCAGGAUAUUUUCGAGAGAAAAUUUCCGCUGGGUUGAGGGUUCUCAAGCAAAUGGAACUUGACAGUGUAAAACCAGAUCCUCAAACUUACAGCUAUCUAAUAGGCUAUUGUGACCGUGAAGAGGAUAUUAUCAAGUAUUAUGAAGAACUGAAGUGUUCUGGGAUUACUGUAACAAAGCACAUAUUUAUGUCACUUAUUAAUGCAUAUGCAGCUUGUGGACAGUUUGAGAAAGCAAAGCAGGUUCUCUUGGAUGAAGGGAUACCAGUUAAAAGCCUAAAUGAACUCAGAAGUGCUCUCGUCUCUUCUCUUGCAUCAAAUGGGCAAAUGGCUGAUGCCCUAGACACAUAUGAAGAAAUCAAGCAAUCUGGAGGUGAUCUGGAGCCUAGAGCUGUCCUAUCUCUGAUGGAGUGUCUUCAUUCCGAGAGAGACUUGAAUCUUAUGCUUCAACUAUUAGAGGAAUUGCAUGAUCAAGGCUAUUGGAUUGAGGGUUGCUGCAGAGUUAUCUCAUUUUGCGUUAGAAAAAAGCAUCUGAGGUUAGCUGAUAAGAAAUUCUUCAUUAUCUGGGAUUCUAUUUACGCUGCAUAAUUUUCUAACAAAUCCAAUAUUCCAAU